UGCUUUGCACAUGAGUCCCGCUUGCUGCGUCGCUCUGAGUGUUUGAAUGACAGAAGGAACAUGGCUGAUGGCUGAAAACUGAAAAUUGCACAUUGUUUGUUUUUAAGUCUCUUUUUGGUGAAAGAAAUUUAUAAUAUAAAAUGCGGAAGUGGACUACACAUAGACGUCGUUGCUGAUAAGCGGAGCGUGAUGAUGCGUUUCCUGUGUGUUCGGGAGCUCCGGCGGUUCGUCCCGCCCUCUCGGGUCUGGACGCGCUCAUCCUGCGACUCUCUCGCUGUGUGUCAGACCCGGCUGGGAUCGGGAACACGCUGGAUCUGCGCCUCUUCCUCCUCCUCGUCCUCGGCUCCUCGGAGAACCCCGCCCGGAGACGCUCAGCCCGGACAGGACGACUCGGCGGACGCAGAUCCUCUUCAGGACCAGUCCAUGGGUCUCGCUCAGAGAUUCAAGAGAACCUUUAAGCAGUACGGGAAAGUGAUGAUCCCGGUGCACCUGCUCACGUCCUGCAUGUGGUUCAGCGGCUUUUACUACGCUGCCAUGAAAGGAGUGAACGUGGUGCCGUUCCUGGAGUACAUCGGAUUUCCCGAUAAACUGGUGAAACUCCUGGAGAAUUCCCAGAGCGGCUACGCGCUGACUGCGUACGCCAUGUACAAGAUCGCCACUCCGGCGCGCUACACGCUGACGUUGGGCGGGACGUCUCUCUCGGUGAAGUACCUGCGUAAACACGGCUACAUGUCGACGCCGCCGCCGGUUAAAGAGUACCUGCAGGAGAAGAUGGAGGAGACGAGAGACCGCUUCUCUGAGAGGAUCGAAGAAACCAAGGACAAGUUCACAGAAAAACUCCAGGAGACCAAAGACAAAGUGGGCUUCCGAAAGAAAAACGAAUAAAAAACCCAACGGAUGACAUCAUCGCUACGUAAAUAAUGAGCUAUAAACAUAAAUUAAUAAAGGUUUUCCUGUGAGAUGUGCACUACUGACAUCACUUCCUGUUCAAUCGUCCAUUCAUACCAAAAAAAGAAACAUUAUGGUGACAAUUUGGAUCCGUCUCAAACUUCCUUUUUGUUUUUCUCUCCAUAGGUUUGUAUGAGGGCGGGGCUGCAACAUCGCUAGCACGAUAUCGCUAGCCGCUAAUAUAACAAAUCUAACUGCAAAUCUUCCUCCAUACUGGGAGGGCAUUUUGGGAAAAGUCCGCUUAAAUUGAGCCCUUCCAAGAUGGCGGCGGUAUUGACGUGUCUCGCGGAUGCUAUAGUUACUGUUCAUUAGCCGAAAAAUCAACACAUCUACCGCUUCGUAUCACGUGUCCUUAUUCAUAUACAGCAUGAAAUCAGUUUGACAUAAAAAGCUGGAAACCGAUAAACGUAGCGAGCUUGCGUUAAUCUGUUGUUAUAUACGCUAACUCGUGUUACAAUACAACAUACAGAAAUUAGUGUCUUAAUGUUAAUUAAUAUUUCUCUCUUUGUAUCUCUCUGUAUCUCUCUCUCUGUCUCUCUUGCUCUCUCUAUCUCUCUCUCUGUGUCUCUUUUGCUCUCUCUGUCUUACUCUCGCUAUCUCUCUCUGUGUAUCUCUCUUGUUCUCUCUCUAUCUUGCUCUCUCACUCUCGCUUUCUUUCGCUCUCUGUCUCGCUCCCUCUCUCUCUCUCUCUCGCUCUGUGUCUCUCUCUCUAUCUUGCUCUCUAUCUUUCCCUCUCUCUUCCGGUCUCUCUCAUACUCUCUCUUGCUCUCUGUAUCUCUUUCUCUGUAUCUAUCUCUCUCGCUCUCUCUGUGUAUCUUUCUCUCUCUCCCUCUGUCUCUGUGUGUCUGUGUAUCUCUCUCUCUGUCUCUCAGUGUGUGUAUAUAUCUCUCUCUAGCUGUAUCUCUCUGUUUUUCUCCAUCUCUCAGUGUGUCUGUGUAUCCCUCUCUCUCCGUAUCUCUCUCUCUCUCUCUCUGUUCGUCUCUCAGUGUGUGUCUGUGUGUCUCUCUCCGUUUCUCUCUUGACUGAAACUAUGUCUGUAUAUGUAUUCCUUUUAAGGAAAGUGGGCGGAGCCAGGUAGCUCUGUAUGAACUGGGGGCGGGGCUCAUUUCUGGGCUGAAAAGAAAGAAACUUGCGAGAUGUGUUGAAUCACCACUUUUUGUAUUUUGUUGGAAAUAUUUAAAAAUAAAAAGCUGCAUCAAUUUC